GAGGUUGUGAAGUAAACAAAACAUUCCAGGUCGAGGCAGCAGUCGACGCUGUGUGCUACUGCUGUUAACAACCAUCAAACAACCCUUAACCCGCCCACCAACGACACGAGAACAAGAGACAAAGCAAGAGAGAAGACAAGACCUUAAUAACAAGAGUGGUAAGGUGGGUGGCAGAGCAUAAUGGAGGAGGCGGCGAGGCUGGGGUGUUCACCUCUCACACUACAUCACUAGUUACAGAGAGAGAGGAAAUGUGAAGGGACAGCUUAGUAGUGUCUUCUUCCUUCUCAAAAAUGGGCAACUGUCUCUUACUUCUCGGCCUGAAGAAGGAGAAAAGUACCUACGAGGAAAUGGGAUACAAUCAUGGGCCCGUCACUCUCCUGCUGGUGGGGUUAGAUAAUGCUGGGAAAACGACGGCUGCCAAGAGUAUUGUAGGAGAUCCUGUAGAGGACGUAGCACCGACCGUGGGUUUUGCCCCGGAGAACCUAGAGUACAGAGGCUGUGAGAUCACCAUCUAUGACUUAGGAGGAGGCAACAAGAUUAGGCCAGUGUGGGCAAAGUAUUUCUCUGAGGUACACGGUAUAAUUUUUGUGGUAGACUCAAGUGAUGCCGUCAGAGUACGAGAAUGUCGAGAUGUGUUGUUUGGUCUUCUGGCAGAUAAGAAGAUAUCGGGAAAACCUGUCCUUGUACUGGCCAACAAGCAGGACGUGGAGGGAGCCUUGGAUGAAAUAGACCUGGUGGAGUCUCUGAAUGUGGAGCAGGUCGUGAACAAGUACAAGUGUCCCACCAGAGUUGAGACGUGUUCAGCCGUCACCACGCGCAAACAUAAACCAGACAAGCCCAUAGCUGAUGGCUUCAGAUGGUUAAUAGAUACUAUAGUCGUACAUUAUAAAGAAAUAAAUAAACGGGUAGAAGAUGAUCUGGAGAAGGAACGUCUGCAGAUGAUGAAGGAAAGGGAGGAGAGAAAAGAAAGAAUAAGAAGAUUGCAAGCAGAGAGGGAGAGACAAGAGGCACUAAGACUUGAAACAAUGUCGAGAGGAAAAGUUGAGGCAGUAGAAGUUCACAAUAGCGACGACUCGGAUGUUGAAGUUGUAGACGACACACAGCACCCGGGAAGAAGCGGAGUUCCUAAUGGAAUCUUACCUCAGUCGAGAAAGGUGGAAGUUCGUAAAGUAAUGAAAGAACGUAGAAGCAGUUCAGUGGAAGAACAGGAACUUAAGGAACUCGGCUUCACCUCCCACAUGGAACUUCAGGAAUCAACUUCCUCUUCCUCCUCUCCACAGGGCUCACCACCUGCAAGUAAUAGUCCAGUAAGAGUGCAGGCUUCCCCUUCCCCAGAAAAGGAGGAUUCACCUGUGCAUUGUCCUCCUACCAAACCUCAUCGGGUCAUUCAUGUUCAGGAAUCUCCCAAGCAUCAGGCUGCUUCUGCCCAAGACCUGACAGAAGCAGACUCCCUGUCCAAUGGUGUUAGAAAGGGGGACAGUAGAUUUCUUGAAGCUAAUAGUUUUUAUAACAUAAAUGGAUAUAGUGCUUCAAAGUUUGACCUUUCACAUGAGGAGAGAACUGAUGAAUGUGUCCCAAUUGACUCUGACGAUGAUACCUGUAAUAGCUCGGUCUCAAGUCAUAGAAGGGAGAGUACCAGUCCAUUCACUGUCCACACAUCAUCUAAUCCUUCAAUCUUGAGUUAUAGUAAAGCUGAACAGUUGGAAUUAGAAACUACAUAUAAGCCCUCAAAGAAGAAGUCAUUCUUGAAACGUUAUCACAAGACUGCCCCUUUCAUACCAAACGGAUCUGCAAGCACAGCGGGUAACCAAGAAGUUAACCACAGUUCCAGGGUUCCCCCAUCACUAUCAUGACAUGGGUUGUAAGUAUGGACACUUUACAAACCUUUGGUAUCAUGUGUAAUAUACUGUACCAGUAAAUAGGAGAGAUUGCAUCUUUCUAGUUACAUUGUCAGUACACAUCUGUUCAGGUUAAUAUUGUAUGGUCAUCGGUGCAGGUUUAGAUAGUCUUACUUAAAUUGGGAUUCUUUUUAUAUUUGUAUUUUUAGAUAUACAGUAGUUUAAGUGUAUAAUUUGCUCUGAAUGCUGACAUGGUUUUUGAGUUAAUUAAGUCUAGAUUCUGGGUCUUUCUAAUGGAAUAGCAUCAAGUGAAUCCCUUCAGUUCAGGUCUUUCUGUUUUAUACAGUGAUGACCCAGAUGAUCAUUAUUCUAUUGUUGACAAUUUGAACCAUCUGGAGACAUUAAUUUAAACCAUGAUUUUGAUCAGACUAGUGGCUUCAUAAGUCUGUGACCUGUGUUAGUUAAUUGUGUUGAAGGAAACUACCAGCAAGCAAUCAGCCAGCUUGACCACUAAGCUGCUGAGGCACAGUGUAGUCACUUACACCCAGAUAACAUUUGUUUUCCCAAAUAAAUGGUUAUCACCACACAGUAUUUGUCAUGGAUUAUCUACAUGUCAGACUGAGGUGGUUAUUUAAGCCCUUGUCUACUGUAUCUUUUAUUUUAUCUUUAAGCAUUUUACUACACACACUAGUUGGAUUACGUACAAUAUGUGUGCAAGUAUUAUUUUUCUAGUCAACUCUAGUCAUUUAUUUAUACAUUUAGAAUAUAUUUCUUUAUAUUUUUGUAUAGAGCUAAAGAAAAUAUAUGAUUUUUUAAAUAUAUUUCUCAUUUUGUAAUGGGACUUACUACUUUAAUAUUAUUAUUUUUUGGUUAAUGUAAAUAGCACUCACAACCAUGACCCUAUACUAAAAUACUAUUAUGAUUCACAAGAUUUAGUGUGAUAAGUGCGGCAGUUUAAGGACUCAGUUUUACAGGGUCGUAGACAUAUAUUAUCAGCAUCAUUCCCAGCUGCAGCUAUCCUCUUAUUGCCGAGUUAUGUUAUUUUUCUUGUUCAAUAAACACUUAAUAGGCAACAACACAUUGGUCAUUAUCUUCUCUUGGCUAACAGGAGAGCACAAUUACAGGUUCCAAUUCAUACAAAUUUAUAAGGCAAAGGAAUAUACCCGUAUGCAGAUAAUACUGAUGGGUGCAUGUUUGUUUAUCAAGUCCAUUAUACUUUAUUUGUCGCUGGAGUCAGAGAAUAUGGAUACUCUAUGGCUUCAGUCAUAGUAGAUACACAGUUCACAAGCUUGAAAUUAUAAAACUUCCUAAAUGUUUUUUUAUCUUGUAGUGGAUAUCCUUUAUGUUGUUUACCCAGAUCUUAAUGUGUUAUAAUUUAUUUGUCAUUGUUUUUGUCAUCUUGGUCAGUUCUUUUAAGGAAUUAGAAUGAAGCGUUUACCUGCAGAUGAGAGCCGGGAUGUUGUACAGGUGUUGAUAAGUCUCUUGUACUGUACUUUCAUGCUUCCCCCAUAAUGGGAACUAUAGCUUGAGUUGUCAAAACAAACCAUUUAUCAACUAACUGAAUUACAUAAAUGUGCUGAAGAGUAAUUUAAACUUCCAUUUGAGGUACUGAAGCAAUACUGUACAUAUAUAACUUCUUUGGACAUAUUCAUAGGUAGAUGGAGAACUUGUAAUAUUAUAGUCUUUAUAUGUAAAUAAAGUUGCACAAUUUAACCAUCAUAAGAUAUGUUGGUAUGAAGUCUGACUGAUAGCAGUUAACGUUCAGAAAUAUGUCACACUGUAGAAAACAAGCUAAUGUUUAUAUGAGGCGAUCCGGAACAGAACCUGCUAAGUGCAAAUGUGUGGCGAACCGAG